UCAAACUUAGAAAAAUCGAAUAACAUGAAAUAAAAAUAGUCUUUAUAUACUUUUAUUUUGAUUCUGUAUUUGCUCUUGCUGCUUCUAUUAUUUCAAGAUUAUUGUGAGUUAAUAUCUCCUGGUCAGUACAAAGAUGAUACUGAUUCUACUGUUUCUAUGUUCCUCAGAAAUUUCAAGAACAUAUUAGCCAGUAUCUGAUGAUGUAGUGAUAGUAUGGUGGGGGCAUCUGUCCUGAAUCAGCCCCAGCAAUUCUUGAUAGCACAUGAUCAUCAUUCAAAAAUCCCAGAAAUUGAUAUCAAUCGGAAGGAACAAGAAUGCAUAUCCCUUAUCAAGAGAUGCACAAACAUAGAGGAGUUCAAGCAAGCCCAUGCCCAAAUCCUCAAGUUGGGAUUCUUCUGUAGCUCAUUCUGUGCCAGCAAUCUUAUUGCAACUUGUGCUCUCUCAGAAUGGGGCAGCAUGGACUAUGCGUGCUCGAUUUUCCAGCAAAUAUAUGAUCCCGGUUCAUUUGAGUUCAAUGCCAUGAUCAGAGGACAUGUAAAGGAAUUCGACUCAGAAGCAGCCUUGUGUACAUAUCUUGAUAUGCUUGAAGUAGGAGUAGAGCCAGAUAACUUCACGUACCCGUCUCUCCUAAAGGCGUGUGCGAGUUUAUCAGCUGUUGAAGAAGGAAAGCAGAUUCAUGGGCAAGUUUUGAAGCUGGGAUUUGUGGAAGAUGUGUUUGUGCAGAACAGUUUGAUCAACAUGUAUGGGAAAUGUGGCCAGAUAAAGCAUUCUCGUGCCGUAUUUGAGCAGAUGGAUCGCAAGACUGUAGCUUCUUGGAGUGCAGUUAUUGCAGCUUAUGCCAAUUUGGGCAUGUGGGAUGAAUGCCUUAGCCUGUUUGGUGAGAUGAACUUUGAGGGUUGUUGGAGAGCUGAGGAGAGUACUUUGGUGAGUGUGGUUUCUGCCUGUGCUCAUUUGGGUGCCCUUGAUUUGGGCAGGUCAACUCAUGGUUACUUACUUCGGAACUUGUCUGGACUCAAUGUGGCAGUUCAAACUUCCCUUAUAGAUAUGUACAUCAAAUGUGGAAGCCUAGAUAAAGGGAUGUCUCUAUUUCAGAGAACGGUGAGGAAAAAUCGUAAUUCUUAUACUGUAGUAGUCUCUGGGCUGGCGAAUCAUGGCCGUGGUGAGGAAGCCCUAAACAUUUUCGAGCAAAUGCUUGGGGAAGGAUUGAAGCCAGACGAUGUUGUUUAUGUGGGACUUUUGAGUGCUUGUAGCCAUGCAGGGUUAGUCGAAAAGGGUAUGAGGUGUUUUGACAGAAUGAGAUUUGAGCAUGGUAUAGAGCCAACAAUCCAACACUACGGUUGCAUGGUUGAUCUCAUGGGGCGGGCUGGGAAGAUCAGUGAAGGUUUUGAGCUCAUCAAGUGCAUGCCUAUGGCGCCAAAUGACGUUAUAUGGCGCAGUCUCCUGAGUUCUUGCAAGGUUCAUCAGAAUGUGGAAUUAGGGGAGAUAGCAGCAGGACAUCUGUUCCAGCUAAAGACACAAAACGCUGGUGACUAUCUGAUGCUGUCAAAUAUAUAUGCGGAGGCUGGAAGAUGGCAGGACGUCUCCAUGACAAGGGUUAAGAUGGCUUGUAUGGGAUUAGGCCAAGUACCUGGAUCGAGCUCGGUUGAGGUGAAGAGAAAGGUUCACAAGUUCGUCUCGAACGAUAAGUCUCAUCCUCAGUGCUAUGAAAUCUAUGAGAUGCUUCACCAAAUGGAGUGGCAGUUGAAAUUCGAGGGCUAUUCUCCAGAUACAUCACAGGUUUUGCUCGAUGUGGAUGAAGAAGAGAAAAAACAGAGGCUGAGUUCUCAUAGUCAGAAGUUGGCAAUUGCAUUUUCACUCAUCCACACAUCUCAGGGGAGUCCCAUAAGAAUAGCAAGAAAUGUUAGGAUGUGUAGUGAUUGUCACACAUACAGUAAACUGAUUUCGGUGAUUUAUGAACGCGAAAUUAUCGUCAGGGAUAGGAAUGUAUUCCACCAUUUUAGAGAUGGGACUUGUUCUUGUAAAGACUACUGGUGAAUAUGUUUCUUUUUCAAGAAUAGUUGGAAAUAUUACAAUGUGUUACCUGAA